GGUUCGUGCGCCGGAAGUAGGGGUGGGCGCUGGGAAGAUGGCGGCAGCGGGCGCACCGGAAGUAGGAGCGGGUGCUGGGAAGAUGGAGGAGGCUACGUCUCCGUCGCCAGUGUGCGUGCUGGUGUUGGGCAUGGCCGGCUCCGGGAAAACCACCUUCGUGCAGCGCCUGGCGGCGGAGCUGCACGGGCGGCGUUGCCCGCCCUACGUGAUCAACCUGGACCCCGCCGUGCGCGACCUGCCCUUCCCCGCCAACAUCGAUAUCAGGGACACUGUGAAAUACAAAGAAGUAAUGAAGCAAUACGGGCUAGGCCCAAACGGUGGAAUAGUGACCUCUCUCAACCUCUUUGCUACAAGGUUUGACCAGGUGAUGAAGUUUAUUGAAAAAAGACGAAAUGCAUCGAAGUAUGUUAUUAUUGACACACCCGGGCAAAUUGAGGUCUUCACCUGGUCAGCAUCGGGAACCAUCAUAACCGAGGCCUUGGCUUCCUCUUUUCCCUCAGUUGUUGUUUAUGUGAUGGACACCUCUCGCAGUACCAACCCCAUCACCUUUAUGUCCAACAUGCUGUAUGCCUGCAGUAUCCUGUACAAGACAAAGCUGCCUUUCAUUGUGGUCAUGAACAAGACUGACAUCAUCGACCACAGUUUCGCGGUAGAAUGGAUGCAGGACUUUGAGACUUUUCAGGAUGCACUGAAUCAGGAGACAUCCUACGUCAGUAACCUGACCCGCUCUAUGAGUUUAGUGUUGGAUGAAUUCUACAGUUCACUGAAGGUGGUUGGUGUUUCUGCUGUGCUUGGCACAGGACUGGAUGAUUUCUUUGUUCAGCUGUCGAAAGCUGUAGAUGAGUACGAGAGAGAAUAUCGUCCAGAAUACGAGCGCCUGAGAAAAACACUGGAGGAAGCUCAAAAUAAACAAAAGAGAGAGCAGCUGGAACACUUGUGGAAGGACAUGGGCAGCGUACGCAUGCAGGGCAGCACAGUUGGAGGGUCUGAUGAUGCUUCUGCAAUGGGUCCCUCGGAGCUGAUCCUAACACGAGGAAUGCUUGAUGAAGAAGAAGAGAGGGACAGCGAUACCGAUGACAUUGACCAUGAAGUUACUGAGGAGAGUCAUGAAGAACCAGCCUUCAGAAACUUCAUGCAGGAGGCGCGGAUGAAAUAUCAGAGAAAAAGCAACCUGAGUGAAUGAGACCUUCAGAAAUGGAGGGUUUGGGAUCCCUUGUAAUGGAGUUAUCAGUAAAGGAAGAGCAUAAAGAAACUUGCAUGGAACCAUGCAUGAACUUUUCUGUCUGUGAACAGCUUCCUCUGUUGUAUUUAUAUCUCUCUUCCUGCAGUAACUGUCGGUCAGAUGAGUUGGAAGUCUUGUAUCCAACUGACUGCACAUUUGGCUGUCUCCCACUAGACUUCCUGAAGCUGAAGGAAUCAGACAGCACUUUCUUUUGCUCCAGAUUCAUUAGCUAUGCCUGUUGAGAGUUCAGAUUUUGAGCUCGUACAGCAUUAGCGUCUCGAAUACUUCUGGUCUCCAGAAGCGCGUUCUGUUCACAGUGUGCAGACCGAUGUUGUCUGCAGCCGGGCACUGUGAAGGCUCUGCUGCGUGAAACGUCACCAACCUUGUGUUUGGCAUUUUGGUUUUAAUUAAAUAUAUUUUAUAUACUAAUGAAUGUGUGAUGGUUAAUAGCAGGAGAUUGCUUGUCACCAUUCUGACGCGAGACUCUUCCUAUGCUUACAUCCCAGCCAUAUCGAUGAAGAGUAA